AGUCUUCUGUUCAUUUUUCAUCAUGGCUGCUACUCAAACUGAGGUUUCCCUGUGCUCACAACCUUGGCAGAAGCCCUUGUACAUCUAUGGGGGGUUGGCAUGCAACUCACUGAUGGCUGAUUUCUGGUCUGACAGAACUCCUCUUCAUGAAGCCGCCUACCAAGGCAGACUGCUAUACCUGAGAAGCCUCAUCGCUCAGGGCUCUCAUGUAGACACACUCACUAUGGACGGAGUCUCUGCUCUCCAUGAAGCGUGUCUCGGUGACCAUUAUGCGUGUGCCAAGUUCCUGCUGGACAACGGUGCAAAUGUGGAGGCAGUAUCAACAGAUGGCGCCACACCUCUCUUCAACUCUUGCAGCAGCGGGAGUAGCACUUGUGUCAGGCUCCUGUUGCAGCACAGUGCCUCCAUCCACACCCCCUACCAGCUGGCAUCGUCCAUACAUGAGGCUGCUAAGAAAGGUCACAGAGAGUGUCUGGAGCUGCUGCUGUCGUAUGGAGCUCAUAUCGACAUGGAGCUGCCGGUGGUGGGGACUCCGCUGUAUUCUGCCUGCAUGGCCCAGGCUGCAGACUGUGUCAGGGUGCUGCUAUACUCAGGUGCAGAUGUUCGUAUCGGGUGUGGUCAGGACAGUCCUUUACAUGCUGCAGUUCGAGGUGGAGGAGCCAACGUUGUGGAUCUUUUGCUGGACUUUGGGGCUGAUGGUUGUUGUAGGAACUCAGAGGGAAAAACUCCUCUGGAUCUGUCAUCGCCAAACAGCGCAGUGAGAGUCGCAAUGCAGAAUAAAGGUCCCUGCUCUCUGUCUCAGCUCUGUCGGUUCUGUAUUCGUCAAAGUCUGGGAAGGAGUCGUCUCCACCGAGCCUCCGGCCUCUUCCUCCCUCACAGUAUCAAAGACUUCCUCCUCUACCAAUGAGACAUCUCUGCCCUGCCACUGUGGCUCUUUGUGUUCCACAUAUCCUGAUUUGUCCUUCACAUUUGUGCCUUGUCCCUGACUAACAAGGAAAGAGAAAAAAAGACAUUCAGAGAAUGGGUCAGUCAUCUGUGUUUUAUAAAACAGUUGCUUUUUAUAUCGUAUUACUCGUGAACUCUUUUGAAAACAUGCAUGGGAAGUUCCAAGAUAUUGCUAUUGCAGUAACUUACAUGUAUCAGGUUUUAUACUUUUAAUUAAGUACUUCCCAUGUUGUGUUCAUGGAUUUUACAUUAUUCCAAAGAGGAACUCACCAGUUAUUGAAACAUCUGUUUACAGGUGUUGGAUAGUACAACUGCAUAUAAGAAAAAAGUUGUAAUAAGCCUUUGUGUGGCUCCAGAAGUAGCUGGGUGGAGUCUGAUACGUUGCCUCAAGAUAAGAAAGAAGUAAUCAGGUUUUUGACCUGGAAGAAUAAUGUGCGGAAUAAAAAAAGACAAUAACUCUUCUUCUGCUGCAUUGAUUUUGAUCUUUUUUUGCGUGCAAAGCUACAUCGGUGGAGCACUUCUUUAUGUUCCGCAGGAUCUCACAAAAUAGGUAUAAAGUAUAAAUCUCUGUUUCCACUAAGAGUAAAUACUGUAUUUUGUAAAAAGUGUUUUAAAAAAUAGAUUGAAUGUUUUGUUUUCUUAUCUUCAUUGAGCUACAUAUGAGAGAGCCUGACUCUCCUGUUCACUGACAGCAUCAGUCCACUCACUGCA